CUCUAAUGCUCAAUAAUGGUGCGAACGUCUGAGCUGAUUUAUCUCAAGCGACAGGAACUACACAAAUCAAAGGCACCGAUCCUGUUGUAUGGGCGCUCCAACUUUACGACGCUGCUCGGGCCUGAGGCCUGAGGUUUGUCAAACUUUGACUCCAGCCUAUCUUUUGUUCAUCGCCUAACCUGGCGAUAAUAAUCCAUCUUGAGUGUUAGGGGUAUAUUGUUUCGGAAACGCACCAGCUACAUCCUGGUUGAGUGACGUUGGUAUGGAGCACACACUUCUGACCAUUCUAUAUAAUCUCGCGCACUGUCAAAUAUAUCAUUCACAGGUAAGAGCACUGAGAGACAUGACUAGAUCCGCUAUUGGCCUCCAUAGCUAUAAAGGCAGGACAAACAUGGCCCAGAAUACCUCAGUCACCAAUUGAAGAUUCUUCACUUAUUCUUUAUUCAUCAUGCGUAUCGACUUUCAUUCCUUCGUCAUAUUAGCCCUCGCUGUAACAAUGACGUCGGGUGCGACAUACCAAAGGUCGAGCCAGCUCGCAGGCCAGAGCUUCCUUGACGCGUUUGAAUUCCAAGCCAUCUCAGACCCCACCCACGGCAGAGUGACCUAUGUCAACGAGAGUACUGCCAAAGCAGAUAAACUCGUUUCAGUGGCUAAUAAUACACUCACGCUCCGAGCAGACUAUACCACGAAAUUGUCCUCCUCCGAUCCAGGAAGAAAAUCUUUCCGAAUCAUGUCAAAUUCCCAGUACGAAACUCAUGUGGCAAUUUUUGACAUUGCUCAUAUGCCACAAGGUUGCGGAACAUGGCCAGCUAUUUGGGAAGUGGGGGAAAACUGGCCGAAUGGAGGCGAAAUCGACAUUGUAGAAGGCGUGAAUGAUCAAACUCCCAAUACAUGCAGUCUGCACACAAGCUCCAAUUGCACAAUGCCCUCUUCUCGCUCAAUGUCAGGCAUCGUCAGUGGUACGAACUGCGACGCGUACGCUAACGGUAAUGCGGGGUGUGGGGUCCAUAUCAACGACGACAAGAGCUAUGGCCCGCAGUUUAACAGCAACGGGGGUGGCUGGUAUGCGAUAGAAAAGCGUUCGACUUACAUCAAGAUCUUCUUUUGGGAGAGGACGAGUAGCUCUGUUCCAAGCGACAUCAAGUCGCCUGGAUCGAGCAUCAAUACUAGCCAUUGGGGGACACCCGCCGCAUACUUUCCCGAUACUUAUUGCGAUCUCUCCACUCAUUUUGGAGCGCAAAACAUUAUCAUCAACCUUACAUUCUGCGGAGACUGGGCAGGUUCAGUUUACUCCGAGUCUGGAUGUCCAUCUACAUGUGUUGAUUACGUAGACAAUAACCCAUCAGCAUUCAAGAAUGCUUAUUUUGAGUUCAACUCGUUGAACAUCUACGAAUGAGGCUUGCGUUUUGCGUUGAAUGCCAUACCAGCAGCUACAAAGUAUUGUGUAAAUUCGUGAUAUAGAGAUGAAUUGCAG